AUGAAAAACGCUGGAACUAGUUCCAAAAAAGAACCGGAUCUUCGUAGAAAUCGAAUCGAGAGACAAAGACAAACGGAAAUCGAUGACGAAAUUCAGAAGAUGAUGUGCUUUUUGCCAACUCGUCCUUCACAGCACAAACUUUCAAGAAACCAGAUUUUAGAAGAGCUCCAUGGUCUCGUUGUCAAAAUGAUGAAAGAAGAUAAUGCCAAGUUGGCCACUGGAGGAAACAAAAACCAAGCUGAUUGA